UAGCACUCGUGUAGUUUCUUAAUACAUCUAUCCUCGUGUUUACACGUUAAAUGUGAAAAAUAAAUAUUUUUAAGCUUUAACUGAAUCACUUCAGUGAAAUGGCCGAAUGUGAACAUUUAUAAUAUUAAAAUAAGUUUAAAUUAGAAAUGCCUCAGUGAGUACAAUGGCAAUACCAUUUAACUCGUGUGUGUGUCUUUGUGGCCCAUUUCCUGAGCGUUGGUAUGAUUUUGAGGUGAUUCACGCUACGCGGGAAACAAUCCUCUUGUGUACGACCCAUUUGUGUGAACACAUCAUUGUCUUUAAUAUAUUAUUUAAGUAAGAUAUAAAUACUUUGCCGUCAUACAAUUUAUGAGAAAAUGUGUACAAAGGAGUUUAAAUCUUUAUACCGAUAACGAAACAUUGAAAUAAAACUAUUUUAAAGGAAGAAAAACUUUGUCGUAUUUACGGAUGUUUGUAGCGUCAACAUAGACGGGUAUAAUAGAAGGAUUGUCAGAUAAGAAUUUGCCGAAUAAAUUUUGUUUCAAAUAGUAUAAACUUAAUUUUGUAAGUAAAAAAAUAUAAAGCAAAUAUUAAAUUAUAUGUAAGAAUGCCAGUGACAAAAUAUAUAAAUACAAAACAAGGAUAACGUUAAUGAUAUCACAUGAUUGUAUAUGUAUGUUUCAUUAUUAGGCGAUCUGAAUUUUAUAUUGGUGGUGGCAUACUUGGUUGAUGGUCGAAUGGCGUCACAGGUAAGGUUUGUCUGCUAUUCUUAUUUUAUAUAAGAAAAUAACAUUCAAUUAAGUGUUUAUAGUACUAUUUCUAAGCAAAGGAAAAAUUGAAAUGUUCUCGAUAUUACCGACUUACCAACUCUAAAUUCAUAAAUAAUUUUGCAUGAAUUAUUUGUACAUAGAAAAAUGUAUAUAAUAGAAGAACAUCUAUCUUGCUCUGCAUAUCACUGUCUACAAUAAAUGAUCGUAUCGUAUUGAACUAUAUAGAACAUUCUUUGGCAAACGAGUCUGUAUGAUUUCAUAAGACAACGCCUUCUUGGUGGUUUCUAUCAGGUGUGCAACACAAGGUCCUUAUAAAUUUGCAAUUAGAGCCAAAUGUAUAUAACGCACUCUUAUGUAACUAAUACGGCGACCUUGUCGAGUCGUCGUUGGUUGAAUAUUGAACACAGCGGCGUUAUACAAUAUACAUGCAUACACGUAUCAAUUAGCGAGACGCUCCCGCACAUUACGAUUCCUACUCAGUAACGAGCUCGCACGUUCCCAACGGUUAACAAUAAUAGACAAGAAACUGGUUUCUUCUUACAUGGACAACGACAGACACGAGCCUUUUUGGUUCACCACUGAGACGUUUCCUUAAUGUAGAGAGCCUUAAAGAGGAAGUGUGAUAUGCGGAAGAACGUGAAGGAUAUGUUGUACGUAAAGUGUGCACACAAACAGAUAAGAUUGUAUGAAUUCAAUGUUCAGUGUUCACACUACCGAUGUAAUAUAUGACAAAGUUACGAACUUACAUUGACAAGCGGCGGCACCGGAUUGUAAGAUGACGGCACAUAUGUACAUUUUGUGUAAUAAAUCAACUGAUACUGGCACUCGAUAAACUGACAGAUGGCUUUUAAAUAAAUAUUUGUCAAACAAACAUUUUAUAAAGGCAAGCUUGUCAAAAAUAUAAAUGUUUUUUAAAGAUCAUUUUAAACUAUCAAAGAAAAUAAAAAUGUAAUUGUUAUUAUUAUUCCCGAAAAAUAAAAUUUAAAAUAUGCUGGACAUUCAUACUCAAUAUUAUGUAUAGUCGGUAGUGUGUUUGACGAAGUUACCAUGCAGAUUUUAGAUUUGGUAUAAUGCCGUUAUUAAGUAGUCAAAUUUAUGUUUAUUGCAGUUAAAAUGUUACUAAAGUAAUAAAUAAUGGAAAGUGACCCUAACAAAAAAGAAUCAAAGGGGAAGAGAAUUUUGAAAAAAGCGAUUCGACGAAAUAGUAAAUCUAGUAACAACAGCCAAAGUUCCGCCCUAAGUCAGGGUAGCGGCGCGACGCGGUCGAAGAGUUUCGAAAAUAAACGGCUGUCCGUCGAUAUAAAUGACAGCACGCCGCUGCCAACACCGGACGGAACUGAAAGAGCCGAGCACAGUCACAAUGGUCCCAGGCUAAAUAUAGACGAGCCGCAGCAAGUUCACAGGGAUGAUCAUGAUGGAAUGAGAUCGAAGAAGACUGUAGAUAUAAAUGAAGGUCACAACACCGUCUACGAGGAAACGCCCCCGGCUAAUUCCAAUAAUGCAAAAAACACAUCGAAUCUUUCCUUAGUAGAUGGCACUAAAAAAAUCCUCAAACGGAAAUUGGAAGAAGACAGUGGGGCCGGCACGAGCGGUGCCAGCACUGGCGCCUCUGACACCGACGCCGACGACAAGGAUUCCAGCAAGGAUAAAAAGAAAAAGAACAGAUGCGCCGUUUGCCGCAAGAAGGUUGGACUCACAGGGUUCGAGUGUCGCUGCGGGGGCUUGUUCUGCGCCGUGCACCGGUACAGCGACAAGCACGAGUGCUCGUUCGACUACCGGGAGCUGGGCGCGCAGGAGAUCCGCCGCAACAACCCUGUCGUGGUCUCGCAGAAGAUACACAAGAUAUGAGCCGCCCGCCUCGCCCGCCUCCGCCGCCGAUCGAUUGACACUUUACUUCAUUAUUUCUUCAAUUUAUUUUUUAAACGGGAAAUAUGUAAAUGUGUUGCGGUCGUCGAGCGCCGGCGGCCACUUACAUACUUUGAUUUACUCUGUAUAAACGCUGGGUCGAGUCUGCGGCCCGCCCGCGGGCGGAGGCGGAGGCUCGAUCCGUUUUAUGUUUAGAUUAAUUUGUGGUGAGAACUUUGCUUUUAAAAGAGAUUGGGCAAUUGUAGCUCCGCGUGGCGCCGGUAGAUGAACGCGAUCGAUGCACUCACUGAAGCGGUGGCGAGGAGAGGCCGGUUAUUUUGAACGUUCCGUAGUUAGGGCAUCUUGUAUAAAUACUAGUUUUAACUAAAUCUUUUAAAUCUUAAUUUACAAAACUUUCUUAAUUAAUGUUUAUAUCAUAUAAUAAAUAAAAUUGAUUUUCACCUAACGAGUUUAAUGUCUUAUUCUAAUCAACUUUUCAUUUUCAUUCAUCUCAAAGUUCAUACGACAUCGCGAGCGUCACCUGCGGCGUCGACGGAACAGGACUCGAUGCAAUUUGCUCAAUCUCGUUUUAUUAAAUUUGUAGAUAAUGUUCGUUUUUUGGGUAGGAAUUUCAUGAUUAAUUUUUGAUAUAAUAAGUAGAGUUCUGAAUAUGUCCAUUCACCUCCAUUGUAAAUAUUAGAUAUAAUUAAUUAUAGAAACAAAUCCUAUAUAUUGUAAAAAAGUAAAACUCCAAAAAAAGCUACAUUGUUUCGAUUCCAACGGAGAGCGUAGCGCGCUUCACAAUAUCGAGAUAACAAUCGUAAGCUGACGCUCAACGAGUGGGAGUGGCUCGUCCCUCCGUGUUAUAUUUGCCUAGUUGUAAACUGUACAGAUGUUACGCUGCUCACUUGACUCGUGCGGCGCUCGUACGGCGCUCGCGCACACUCGGACAUACGAGUACAUCAUCUUCAAAUUGUUAGUUAACUUUCGUUUCGGUUUGGGAAAUCGUCGCUUUCUGUUUAACAUUCGGCGUAAGUGACCUAGAGGUAGCGCGACUGGUGUGUGUCGGCACGCGACGGGCGCCGGCGACGCGACGCGACGCGACGCGACGCGACGCGACCGGCGCGCGCGUGUCGCGUAGCGUCGCGUCGCAGCGACCGUCUGUUCCGCUCUUUGUGUGAAAAUUUAAAGUAAGCUAUAGUUAUACAUUUAUAAGUAGUGGACACUUUAUAUUAUUACACAUUAUAUAAGUAGGAAAGAAUUAUUUAGCUUUUUCUUUUAAUCACAAUAUAUUUCAAAAUUGUAAGUUGUAUUAUGUAACUCGUUCAUUUUAGUGGUGAAUUUAAAACGAUAAUACCCUGUACUGCUACGGUCGUCGUCCACGGUAGACCAACUGAUUGGUUGGACUUAAUUAUUUAAUGACUUUUGUUGUAUAUUUUGUUAGGUCAUUGAUUAAUUUUGGUCUUCUUGCUUGAACAUAAUCAGAUAAAGAUGAUGUUAAUAAUGAAUGUUUUUUUCUUCUAUCUUGCUGUUUUAAUUUAGUUAUUCUUCUAUUAAAGUCAUUAAAUUUCCAGGAACAUAA